CACUCCCGAAAAAAAAUGAGGUGAGACGCCGUUAAUCUGUCCAUAUAUUACUUCCUUCCCUCGCCCUAGUACUGUUUUUCGGAGUCAGAUUAUUUGGCUCCAUCUAUAGGGUUUAAGCUUAGUAGCCAACCCUCUUCGUUUCACUGCAAAAUCACAUCCUCGAGAAUAUUUUUUAAAGAAGUAAACAAAUAAAGAGAAACCUACACAAAUCUCCAUUAAAUGCAUGAACAGAAAAGCUUUAAAAUUCUUCUCUCACCUGAAGAGAAACUCAAAUUUCCCCAAAAACCCAUAUGAUUUCAACAAGCAGCUACACAUCCUCACUAACUCAUCAUGUGGUGACAUAUCUCUCAAGCUCCUAUGUUACUUCAUCUCUAAAGGGUACACUCCUUUACCAUCUUCUUUUAAUUCCAUUGUUUCAUUUCUUUGUAAAUUGGGUCAUAUUAGCUAUGCUCAAAAGAUGGUAACUGUAAUGCCAAAGAUGGGGUCUUUACCUGAUAUUGUAACUUAUAAUUCUUUGAUUGAUGGGUAUUGUAAAUAUGGUCAGGUCGAAGAAGCUUGUUUGACAAUUAAACGGAUUAGGAAUGCCGAGUGUAGGGUGGAUUUGGUAAGUUUUAAUGCGUUAUUUAAUGGGUUUUGUAAGAGGAAAAUGAAAGAAGAGGUGUUUAUCUAUAUGGGUUUAAUGUGGAAGUGUUGUUUACCGAAUGUGAUUACUUAUGGGACUUGGAUUGAUACGUUAUGUAAGGUAGGGGAUUUAGACACGGGGUAUAAGUUUUUUAAGGAAAUGAGAAAAGAUGGUAUUGUGCCAAAUUUGAUUGCAUUUACUUGUUUGAUUGAUGGAUACAGUAAGAUUGGUAAUUUAGAUUUUGCAUAUCAGUUGUAUAAGGAUAUGUGUAAAUCCAUGCAUUUGCCAAAUGUAUAUACAUAUGCUGCUCUAAUUAAUGGUUUUUGCAAACGAGGGAUGUUGGAAAGAGCAGAAUGGUUUUUUCUGAAAAUGCUGGAAGUCGGGAUUAUGCCCAAUUCAACUGUUUACACAUCAAUUAUAGAUGGGCAUUUCAAGAAAGGAAAUAUUGAUGUUGCCAUGAAGUACUUUAGUGAAAUGCGUAAAGAAAGCUUCAGGCUUGAUAUAGUGGCAUAUGGGGUAGUCAUAUCAGGACUUGUUAAUAAUGGUAGGUUAGAUAAAGUUUUGGAAGUUAUGGAAGAUAUGGUGAGGAAUGGAUUAGCUCCGGAUAAGGUGGUGUUAACAACACUUAUGCAUGCCCAUUUCAAGGCUGGAAAUACAAAAGCAGCUUACGGUGUGUACAGGGAAUUGUUGAACCGAGGUUUUGAGCCUGAUGCUGUAACUAUUUCAAGCUUAAUAGAUGGGUUGUGCAAAGAUGGACGUUAUCUUGAUGCUAAAGGGUAUUUUUGCAAGGAAAAGGCUAAUGAAGUUUCAUACACUGCACUUAUUGAUGGAAUAUGCAAGGAAGGGAAUUUAGAUGAAGUUGAGAGGGUUGUAAUGGAGAUGUCAGAAUCGGGGUUUGUUCCAGACAAGUUUGUCUACACUUCUUGGAUUGCUGAGCUGUGUAGACAAGGCAAAAUAGUAGAGGCCUUUAAGGUGAAAAAUAAGAUGGUCGAAGAAGGUAUUGACCUUGAUUUGUUAACAUAUAGCUCUCUGAUUUUUGGUUUGGCAAAUAAAGGAUUAAUGAUUGAAGCAAAACAGCUUUUUGAUGAUAUGUUAAAAAGGGGAAUUAUUCCUGACUCUAUGGUUUUUGAUAUUCUGAUUAGAGGAUACCUUAAGCAGGAUAACCCUGUUGCCAUCUCACAUUUGCACGAGGAAAUGAGAAGGCGAGGGCUUUUAACUAUAGAUAGUGAGUAGAUGGAAAAAGAAAUAAUGUUGCUGAUAGCAGAUAAAGCCUCUUGUGUACAUCUGAUGUGGCCAUUUCGAUAAACAAUAAUUGCUACUAAUUGGGGUUCUUCAUGAGAUGAAUGAACUUUAGCUGAAAUCAUAUUGAACAUGAAGAAUCACUUUAAAGCCUUAUUCCUUUCAGGGCGAGGAGUGAUUGCUGCUGCAACUUUUGUUUAAUCAGAUCCGCUCUGCUUAGCUUCUUGCUAAGUUCUGUGGUUGUUCCUAUAUAUGUGAAUAUAAUUGGACCUUAUAUUUUUUGUCUUUUUGAAGAAAUAACCAUUUCAUUCAGGAACCAAACAGAAGUGAAGCUUCUAUUUUGCCGUUUGAAAAAUAUCUAAUGAACAAGCUAUUUAGUUUUGAUAGGAAUUUGUCAGCAAGCAAGAAUCUUAUGUGCAGAGCCCAUCUAACUACAUAAAGAGGAAGCAGAAAUACAUGGAAUUUGACUUCCACAUAUUUCGUGAUAAGGUGACUGGCAACUCAUGGGAUUAUUGGAAAAACUGCUAAUUUGUGCAGUUCCGUAUUCCUGGUUACUGAAGGCAUGUUUACUGUUUGCUAUUUAGCUGUUAUUGCCAAGCUCGAGAAUGCCUCUUUGUGGCGCUAAAGGCAAUAUGCACUCCACUCCUGGCGAUCAAGCCUUGCAAUAAUGAAAUGAGUUGUAUUGAAUCUAAUGGAGUUUAAUAUUAAAUUGUCCUGACAAUGGUGAUGCAUACCUCCAGAAAUCUGUAAAGUUCAUUUCAUUUACCUUUUUAAUGAGGAUUAUAUGUUUCGA